GCCGCCACUGGAGCUUGGGGAGGCGGUCCGCGAGGGAGCGCGCCACGCGGGGCCGAGCGCCCGGCCGCCUGCAGCGCCUCGGAGGCCCCCGCGCCCCGCAGCCACUGCCCGGCCCGGAUCGUCCCGCCGGCUUCACGCCGAGCCCUCCCGGACCCCGGACCCCGGACACCCCCCCCCCCCCCCCGCCCCGCCUCCCCGGGCCCCGGCCAUGGCGGCGGCCCGCGGGGCGCCCCUGCUGGGCUGCCUCCUGGCGCUGCUGGCGCUGUGCCCCGGGGGGCGCCCGCAGACGGUGCUGACCGACGACGAGAUCGAGGAGUUCCUCGAGGGCUUCCUGUCCGAGCUGGAGUCCGAGACCCGAGAGGACGACCUGGAGGCGCCGCCGCCACCCCCCGAGCCCACCCUGCGCGACCGCAAAGCCCAGACGGGGGGCAAGCCCGGGGCGCGCCCCGGGGGGGCCAGAGAGGCACCUCUGGAAAAGGUCAAAGACAAAGGGAAGAAAGGGAAGAAGGAUAAAGCCCCCAAAGCGACCAAGAAGCCCCUGGAGGGGUCCCCCAAGCCACCCAAAAAGCCCAAGGAGAAGCCACCCAAGGCCACCAAAAAGCCCAAAGAGAAGCCACCCAAGGCCACCAAGAAGCCCAAAGAGAAGCCACCCAAGGCCACCAAGAAGCCCAAAGAGAAGCCACCCAAGGCCACCAAGAAGCCCAAGGAGAAGCCGCCCACGCUGACCCCCUCAGAAGCCCCGUGGUGGCCGCUGCCCCUGCCUCCCAGCCCUGGCCCCGAGGAGCUGCCCCAGGAGGGAGGCAGGGCCCUCUCAAAUCCUUGGCUGGGUCCAGGAGGAGAAACUGAUGUGGAGCGCCAGGCUGAGCCCGAGGAGGAGACCGAGCCCCCCACCCUGGACUACAAUGACCAGAUCGAGAGGGAGGACUACGAGGAUUUUGAGUACAUCCGGCGCCAGAAGCAGCCCCGGCCGCCCCCCAGCAGGAGGAGGCCUGAGCGGCUCUGGCCAGAGCGCCCUGAGGAGAAGGCUGAGCUGCCUGGGCCUGGGCUGGAGGCCCCAGAAGAAAGGAUUGAACCGCCUCUUAAGCCACUGCCGCCCCCCCCACCUCCUGACUACGGGGAUGGCUACUUGAUCCCCCACUACGAUGACAUGGACUAUUAUUUCGGGCCUCCCAGACCCAAGAAACCCCACACGGACCUGGAGACAGAUGAAGAGAAGGAGGAGCUGAAGAAACCCAAAAAGGAGGGCCGCAAGGAGGAGGAGACAGAUGACAAGUGGACGGUGGAGAAAGGCAAGGACCACAAAGGACCCCGGAAGGGUGAGGACCUGGAGGAGGAGUGGGCUCCCACUGAGAGAGUCAAGUGUCCCCCCAUCGGGAUGGAGUCCCACCGUAUCGAGGACAACCAGAUCCGGGCCUCCUCCAUGCUGCGCCACGGCCUGGGGGCACAGCGAGGCCGGCUCAACAUGCAGGCCGGCGCCACCGAGGACGACUAUUAUGAUGGGGCGUGGUGUGCCGAGGAUGACUCUCAGACCCAGUGGAUCGAGGUCGACACCAGAAGGACCACCAAGUUCACAGGCGUCAUCACCCAGGGCCGUGACUCCAGCAUCCACGACGACUUCGUGACCUCCUUCUUCGUGGGCUUCAGCAAUGACAGCCAGACGUGGAUGAUGUACACCAACGGCUACGAGGAAAUGACCUUCCAUGGCAAUGUGGACAAGGACACGCCCGUGCUGAGCGAGCUCCCAGAGCCGGUGGUGGCCCGCUUCAUCCGUGUCUACCCACUCACCUGGAACGGCAGCCUAUGCAUGCGCCUGGAGGUGCUGGGGUGCCCCAUGUCCCCUGUCCACAGCUACUAUGCACAGAAUGAGGUGGUGACCACUGACAACCUAGACUUCCGGCACCACAGCUAUAAGGACAUGCGCCAGCUGAUGAAAGUGGUGAACGAGGAGUGCCCCACUAUCACCCGUACGUACAGCUUAGGAAAGAGCUCGCGUGGACUCAAGAUCUAUGCCAUGGAGAUCUCGGACAACCCCGGGGAUCAUGAGCUGGGGGAACCCGAAUUCCGAUACACUGCUGGGAUCCACGGCAAUGAGGUGCUGGGCAGAGAGCUGCUGCUGCUCCUCAUGCAGUACCUGUGCCGCGAGUACCGGGAUGGGAAUCCCCGUGUGCGUAGCCUGGUGCAGGACACGCGCAUCCACCUGGUGCCCUCACUGAACCCCGACGGCUACGAGGUGGCAGCACAGAUGGGCUCCGAGUUUGGGAACUGGGCAUUGGGGCUGUGGACCGAAGAGGGUUUUGACAUCUAUGAAGACUUCCCAGAUCUCAACUCUGUGCUCUGGGGAGCAGAGGAGAGGAAAUGGGUCCCCUACCGGGUCCCCAACAAUAACCUGCCCAUUCCUGAACGUUACCUCUCCCCAGACGCCACGGUAUCCACGGAGGUCCGGGCCAUCAUUGCUUGGAUGGAGAAGAACCCCUUCGUGCUGGGGGCAAACCUGAAUGGUGGCGAACGGCUGGUGUCCUACCCCUACGACAUGGCCCGAACGCCCACCCAGGAGCAGCUGCUGGCCGCGGCCAUGGCAGCUGCCCGGGGAGAAGACGAGGACGAGGUGUCUGAGGCCCAGGAGACCCCAGACCACGCCAUCUUCCGCUGGCUGGCCAUCUCCUUCGCCUCUGCCCACCUAACCAUGACAGAGCCCUACCGGGGAGGGUGCCAAGCGCAGGACUACACCAGUGGCAUGGGGAUUGUGAACGGGGCCAAGUGGAACCCCCGGUCUGGGACCAUCAAUGACUUCAGUUACCUGCACACCAACUGCCUGGAGCUGUCCAUCUACCUGGGCUGCGACAAGUUCCCUCACGAGAGCGAGCUGCCCCGCGAGUGGGAGAACAGCAAGGAGGCUCUGCUCACCUUCAUGGAGCAGGUUCACCGCGGCAUCAAGGGGGUGGUGACAGACGAGCAGGGCAUCCCCAUCGCCAAUGCCACCAUCUCCGUGAGUGGCAUUAACCACGGCGUGAAGACAGCGAGCGGCGGGGACUACUGGCGCAUCCUGAACCCGGGUGAGUACCGCGUGACGGCGCACGCAGAGGGCUACACCCCAAGCGCCAAGACGUGCAACGUGGACUACGACAUCGGGGCCACGCAGUGCAACUUCAUCCUGGCCCGCUCCAACUGGAAGCGCAUCCGGGAGAUCAUGGCCAUGAACGGGAACCGGCCCAUCCCGCACAUCGACCCAUCGCGCCCCAUGACCCCCCAGCAGCGGCGCAUGCAGCGGCGCCGCCUACAGUACCGGCUGCGCAUGCGCGAGCAGAUGCGGCUCAGGCGCCUCAACGCCACCGCGACCCCCGCGCUCCCCACGGCGCCCCCCGGCCCCACUCUCCCCACGACCCCCUCCCCCGCCGCCACCCCCACCCCCAGCCUGGGGCCCUGGCACUUUGCGCCCGAGACCACAGAGGCCACCGAGGCCACCCCGGCGGGCUGGGAGGAGUCGGAGACGGAGACCUACACGGAGGUGGUGACGGAGUUUGGGACAGAAAUGGGGCCGGAGGAGGAGGAAGAGGACGAGGAGGGAGUGGUCAUGGGCCCGGAUUUCCCUUUCACCACGGUCGAGACCUACACAGUGAACUUUGGGGACUUCUGAGCACACGCCCGCCCACCCCCGCGCCAGCUCAGUGCCCUCUGUGCGGCCGGGCCAGGAGGGGCGCCCGGGAGCCAGGGCGUGCAGGCGAGCUCCUGCGGGCCGCGCGGGCCUGAGCAGUGGACAGGACGGCGCUGCAGCGCAGACUCCUCAGCCGAGCCGCCAGAUACACCAAUAAAGCAAGCUCUUGGCA